GGUCGCAUUGCCCGUCUCGCCCCCGUUUCCGGCCCCCGCGUCGCCCCCGGCGUGUGGCCGAGCCCGAAUGCCACAACAUUUGAGGCGCCAGGCCGGUCCGGCAGAAGCCAGCCGUCCGCCGAGGGAGCCGUAGGCGCCCACGGGUCCUCGGCCCCGCUGGCCGGCGGCCCCGUCCCCGGGCCCUCGCUCCUCCCACUCCGCGCCUUCCCUCCCUCCUCCGCACCCUCGUCCCUCAUCCCUCCCGCGGCUGCCAGCGUCGCCGUCUCGUGAUUGACGUUGCGUUCUGUCCCCCGACCCUGUCAGUCCGGUCCCUUCCUCCGCGCCCCAGCACUGCUGGCACAGACCUUGGCACACACCUCACAGGGCGCACCUCAGCAAGCCUUUGACCUUGUGGAUUUUUGGAUAACCCAACUUCCAUCCCCUGUUGGUUCUUUCACCAGCCCCGUAAGGUGUGCAGACUAGAAGGAUGUGGGUGAAGACCAGAAGAGUCCACGAAAGAAGCUAGACGACUAAGAUGAGGUGCCAUGCGAUAAUGAGGUGCUCAGUGGUCUCUGAAAGCAGAGAAAGACCAAGGAUCGGGCACCGCCUGCAGCUGCUCUUGCCGCGAUGGGAAAGCCGCAGGACCUGGAGGCCGGAGACUUAGGUUCAGGUCUCCGCUUAGCUGUCGCUUAGCUGUCAUGCGCGUCUUGUGACCCUUGAGCCCUCAGCCCCUUCCUCUCAAAGUUGGAGAUGACGCCACUGCGCUUACAGCCCUCAGGUUUCCCCAGAUGCCAGCUGAACAUUCCUUUUCCUGCCAGAAGAUCAUCUGUGCAAACCUCGGCCAUGGCAUCAGCGUCAGAGCCGGUCACCUUCCGGGAGUUCUGCCCGUUGUACUAUCUCCUCAGUGCCAUCCCCACAAAGGUCCAGAAGGGCUUCCGCUCCCUCGUGGUCUACCUCACGGCUCUUGACACCAACGGGGACUACAUCGCGGUGGGCAGCAGCAUCGGCAUGCUCUACCUGUACUGCCGACACUUCAACCAGAUGCGGAAGUACAACUUUGAGGGGAAAACGGAGCCCAUCACGGUGGUGAAGCUGCUGGCCUGCUUCGACGACCUGGUGGCCGCGGGCACAGCCUCUGGGAGAGUUGCGGUUUUCCAGCUCGUGUCUUCCCUGCCCGGAAGAAAUAAACAACUCCGGAGAUUUGAUGUCACCGGUAUUCACAAAAAUAGCAUCACAGCUCUGGCUUGGAGCCCCAAUGGGAUGAAAUUGUUCUCCGGAGAUGACAAAGGGAAAAUUGUCUAUUCUUCUCUGGAUCUAGACCAGGGCGUCUGCAACUCCCACUUGGUGCUGGAGGAGCCGUCUUCAAUCGUGCAGCUGGAUUACAGCCAGAAAGUGCUGCUCGUGUCUACACUACAGAGAAGCCUCCUGUUUUACACCGAAGAGAAGUCUGUCAAGCAAAUUGGAACACAACCCAGGAAAAGCACUGGGAAAUUCGGAGCUUGUUUCAUACCAGGGCUCUGUAAGCAGAGUGACCUGACACUGUACGCGUCACGGCCGGGGCUCCGGCUGUGGAAGGCGGACAUCCAUGGGACCGUUCAAGCCACGUUUAUCUUAAAAGAUGUCUUUGCCGGAGGCGUCAAGCCUUUCGAACUGUACCCGCGUCUGGAGUCCUCCAGCUCGGGAAGCUGCAGCUUACCCGAGAAGCACCUGGGGCUUGUUUCCUGCUUCUUUCAAGAAGGCUGGGUGCUGAGCUGGAAUGAGUACAGCAUCUACCUUCUAGACACCGUCAACCAGGCUCCAAUUGCUGGCUUGGAAGGAUCUGGUGAUAUCGUGUCUGUUUCCUGCACAGAAAAUGAAAUAUUUUUCCUAAAGGGAGACAGGAACAUCAUAAGAAUUUCAAGCAGACCCGAAGGACUAGCCUCAAUAGCGCGAGACAGUCUGGAGACGUCCGGGUGCACAGAGCAGGUGUCGGGGCAGCGCGCGGAGAAGCCGUCGGGGGCCACGGUUUCUGAGACGAGGCUCAGGGGCUCUUCCGUGGCCAGCUCCGUGGCCAGCGAGCCACGCAGCAGGAGCAGCUCGCUCAACUCCACCGACAGUGGCGCCGGGCUGCAGGCGGCCCCAGAACCGGGGAGGGGCAGCCAGCCCGCCUCUCAGAGAUUCGGCGCCAUCAGCUCGGAGGAGUUUGAGCAGGAGCUGGUUGUGAAGCCGCUGAAAGUGAGAAAGAAGAGGAAGAAGAAGUCAGAAGGUGGAAGCCGCGUCACCUGGCACAGCUCGCUCGAGUCGACCCCCUGCUGCGAGUUUCCGGGUGCCAGUCCCCGGUCCUUGAGCACAGACCUGCUGUCCAUGACCUCCAGUUUGGGCAGCAUCGUGGACUGCGCGAGCACUGAGUCUCCUGACCAGGAGAGUGACCUCAGCGGAGAGGUGAAUGGUGUCCUGCAGGAGAACAAUGACCCCGAAGCGUUCAGCGUCCUGGAGGUGCCCGGACCGGCCCCUGACGCCCUGAACGAAGGGAGUGACGGAGGCCCUGAAAUCCCGCGGCGGGACCAUGCAGGCGGGACGGAGCCACGCGGGGGAGCGUGGCCUUCGCUCUUGGAGCUGCGGGAGGCUGUGGACGCUAGUGAUGCCACCGAGCUGAGAGAGCAGCCUGGCCCCAUGCACGCGGGACUGAAUGGCAGACAGUCCCCCUGGCGAGAACAGGCCCGGGAAGCAGGGGACAUGGAGCCUGAUGACCCCCAAAGCACGUUUUCUGAAGCCCCCUUCCUGGACUCAUCCCCGGUGCCUUCCGGCCCCAGGUGGGCCCCCCCGGCCGAGCAGCGGCUGCCCGGGACCCGAGCUGCCGAAGGCGGCGCCGAGGAGCCCUCUGAGGAGCAUGGUUUCCUAACGCACGUGGAGGCCCCGGGCUCGUGUCCCUGGCACACUGUCACUGACCGUGACACAGGCCUAAAAGAAAUGGGUGCCUCGGAACACGGCCAGGGGCGUGCGGGAGGCCGGCAGAGACCCCCCGCCUCUGCCUUGGCAGCUCGCGCCCACGAGCCUCGGCCCGAGCAGCCUCCCCGGGACCAGGUGCUGACGUCCAGUGACGAGGAGGACAUCUAUGCCCAGGGGUUGCCUUCCUCUUCUUCGGAGACGAGUGUGACAGAACUCGGGGGUAGUCGCUCCCUGCAGGACCUGAGCCAGCCCAGCUCAGAGGACCCCGGGCUGCUAAAGUCGGAUCAGUUUGCAGAGAGCUGGAUGGGCUACUCCGGCCCCGGCUACGGCAUCCUCAGCCUGGCGGUGUCCGAGAAGUGCAUCUGGUGCCUGGACUACAAAGGCGGCCUGUUCUGCAGCGCGCUGCCAGGCGCCGGGCUGCGCUGGCAGAAGUUCGAGGACGCCGUCCAGCAGGUGGCAGUCUCGCCCUCAGGAGCCCUUCUCUGGAAGAUCGAGCAGAAGUCCAACCGGGCGUUUGCCUGUGGAAAGGUGACCAUCAAGGGCAAGCGUCACUGGUACGAGGCGCUGCCCCAGGCAGUGUUCGUGGCGCUGAGCGACGACACGGCCUGGAUCAUCAGGACAAACGGGGACCUGUACCUGCAGACCGGUCUCAGUGUGGAUCGCCCCUGUGCCCGAGCCGUAAAGGUGGACUGUCCAUACCCACUGUCCCAGGUCACCGCCCGGAACAGCGUGGUGUGGGCGCUGACGGAGCAGAGGGCCCUCCUGUUCCGGGAAGGCGUGAGCAGCUUCUGUCCUGAGGGGGAGCAGUGGACGUGCGACAUCGUCAGUGAAAGGCAGGCUUUGGAACCCGUCUGUAUAACCCUCGGGGACCAGCAGACUCUGUGGGCCCUGGACAUCCGAGGAAACCUGUGGUUCAGGACCGGCGUCGUUCCCAAGAAGCCGCAGGGAGAUGACGACCACUGGUGGCAAGUGAGCAUCACAGACUACGUGGUGUUCGACCAGUGCAGCCUCUUCCAGACCAUAAUCCACGCCACACACUCCGUGGCCACCGCAGCCCAGGCGCCCGUCGAGAGGGUGGCCGAUAAACUGCGCAUGGCCUUCUGGUCCCAGCAGCUCCAGUGCCAGCCCAGCCUCCUCGGGGUCAACAACAGUGGCGUCUGGAUCUCCUCGGGCAAGAACGAAUUCCAUGUCGCCAAAGGCAGUCUCGUCGGCACUUACUGGAGCAGUGUGGUUCCCCGCGGGACGGCGUCUGCAACAAAAUGGGCCUUUGUGCUGGCCUCCACUGCUCCCACAAAGGAAGGAAGCUCCUUGUGGCUGUGCCAGAGCAGCAAGGACCUUUGCAGCGUCAGCGCCCAGAACGCGCAGUCCCGCCCCUCCACGGUGCAGCUGCCCCCCGACGCCGAGAUGAGGGCGUACGCCGCCUGCCAGGACGCGCUGUGGGCCCUGGACGGCCUCGGCCAGGUGUUCGUCAGGACGCUGUCCAAGAGCUGCCCCACGGGCCUGCACUGGACGCGGCUGGACCUGGCCCAGCUAGGCCCCGUAAGGCUGACGAGCUUGGCGUGUGGAAAUCAGCACAUCUGGGCCUGCGACUCCAGGGGCGGAGUGUACUUCCGGGUUGGGACCCAGCCGCUCAAUCCCAGUCUGAUGCUUCCGGCCUGGAUCAUGAUUGAGCCACCUGUCCAGCCCGCCGGGGUCACACUGGUCAGCGUGCACGCCAGCCCCAACGACCAGAUGCUGUGGGCACUGGACAGCAGGUGGAACGUGCACGUCCGGGUCGGGAUCACUGAAGAGAUGCCGGUGGGGACCGACUGGGAGCACGUGCCAGGGCUGCAGGCCUGCCAGCUGGCCCUGAGCGCCAGGACCGUGUGGGCACGCUGCCCCAACGGCGACCUCGCCCGGCGCUACGGCGUCACCGACAAGAACCCUGCUGGAGACUACUGGAAGAAGAUCCCCGGAAACGUGACGUGUUUCACAGUGACCUCAUCAGACGAGCUGUGGGCAGUGGGCCCCCCCGGCUGCCUCCUCCAGCGGCUGACCAAGACUUUCAGCCACUCGCACGGCGGCCACGCCACCGCGCCGCACCCCGAGGACCUGGAGGACGGGUGGGAGGUCAUCUGAAGGCGUCGCGCCGCGCCGCAAGGGAGGGAGGAGGCAGCUCGAGUCCCGCCAGGCCGGGCCCGGUCAGACGGCCCCCACUUGCUCUCAUCCGUGUUUGUUUCCGUCUUGUUCCAGAACCCACAGCCUCAGCCAAGGGACCCCGAGCCGCCUCCAGGGCGGCAGCGCCUCUGAGCUCUUGCUCUGUCCCCCCUCUGGCUGCUCCGGGCCCGUUGUGGGGACGGCCACGUGCGUAACCCCCGGCCAAACAGAGCCAGAGGCCAGCACGCUCUGGCCAUGGGUGGGGGGGGGCGGGCGGCGACUGCCUGGUUGCCAUCACAGGGACGUGGGCUGUGGCCAUGUUCCGUGCCCGACGGGGCCGCGUCUGAGAGGCGGGUGCUGGGCUGUGCCAGAAUGUGGUGCACACGCACACGCACACGCACACGCCGCGCCACGAGACCACACUUCAGCCCGGACAAUAAGCGCCAGUGGAUGAGACGGAACGGGGGAGGUGCACGUGUUUCCCAGGCAGCGGCGGCCGGACGUGGGGGAGCCCCGCCACGUGAGCGCGUGGGAAACGUGCCGAGUGUUUAACCAGUGCCACUGGCGGUCCCGUAGCGACAGGACGCGUCUACUAAUUCUUGCCUCUUUUGUUCCUUGUGUCACAAACCUGCGUCACAUACCUCAGUUGAAGUCAACUCUGACGAAGUUAGAGGAGAAACGGGUUUUCUGGAACCACCGGGAGGGUCUUUGGUUCCUUCGCGGGGCUUCCCCGAGCCGGCUCUGUCCGCAGCUACAGCGUCACGGGGCGCGCAGGGCGGCCCUGGGACUGCGGGCUGGCUCCGAGAGGCGGCGGGCACCCCCAGAAGGUUCGAGCUGGGGCCGCGAGGGCUGCGCCGGACUCAGUCCAUGGGCUCAGCCUGCGGUGCCCACUCUCCUGGCUGGCACCUGGGCCCCGGCGCUUGGGCCCACUGCCCCCCCUCCCGGAGCGGGCCUCCAGCCUCGCCGCCCUCUGUAGCUCGCCUUUGGCCGAGGGCCCGGUCACCCGAUGCCUGUUUCCUACUAAGGAAAUGUGCCCGGGAGCCCCGGGCCACAGGUGAAGAGUGAUGAGACACGUUCUGUGACAGGACCGGCCAGCCGCCAGGGCGGAGGUGUUCCAGGUCUAAACGAGGACGAGAUGCUGAGACCCCAGAGCCCCCUCACACCCCACUUUUACAGAGAGAGUUUGGGGACGGCAGAGGCCAGCCCAGGCUGGUGCGGCCCCUCCUCCGUGUCCGUCGCGCCUUGUCCGGCUCCCGGCAGACGGCGGAGCUGUCCUCGGCCCCGGGGCGUUAGUGCGGUCAAGCCCCGGGCUGGCUUGGUGCCCUGAGAGCACUCUGAGCCUCAGUGCUCGGUACGGCUCUCGUUCCAGCUUUUAGUCGUGCUUUGAGACAGUGCGAUAAGCGAGGCUUUUUCCAAAUCUGGUCACGUCCGGUGUUUGAGCUGUGAGAAAGGACCCUCCGGCGGGCGCUCACGGGGGUGGCGUGCCCCCCGCCGGCAGAGCACGGCCUGCUUGGUGUUCAAAUACGCGCCAGGUUGCCCAGGGUGGCUGUCCCGGGGCGGCCUCUCCAGUGGCGGACGGACCCCUUGGGGGGCACGGGGGCCCACUGAGGCCAGGCUGCUGGGGGCUGGCUCUGCAGGGCCUUGAGCCCCUGGGUCCAAGUCUCCUUCCGAGAAACAACACCCGGUCGCACACAGCAGCAGGGCCCUACGGGGAGUGGCACACGGGAAGGGUCACGUUCGUCACAGCAGCCGGAGAGCCCUGACCAGGAAGUGUCCGACUCGAGUCAGGGAAUGUCACACUUCACAGAAGGUGUCAAACAAAGCACGGAGUAAGGAAGACACCCCCCGACAUCCUGACAGAAGACUGCGUACGCUGUGCAGAGCCGGGGCCUUUCCAGAGGACCUGGUGGGGUUGAGUCAGGCUGUCGGAACCCUCACUGGAGCCUUGUGCCGGAGGGAGGCAGGGCGGCAGGCCCGAAGAGCAUUUGUGCCCAGGGCCCCCGCGCUGCUGGUGUCUCAGCAGAGCCCCCGAGGGAGUACCCUCAGCCUCAGGGACACGCAAGUCUCUGGACUUGCUGGAGGUCACACACAGGCCAUUGCGAUUGGAGCCGAGCUCUGCAGGGCCAGUGCUGCGUGAUGCCACUCCGCUGUCCUGGGACAGAACAGGGGGCAGCUGCCAAGAGCGAUGACAGCAGCAGGAGGUGUAAGCAUGGGGGGGGGUGCAGGGACGCAGCUGCCCAGACCCGCCAGAGGGCGGCAUGGUGGAGGCACGUUGUAGAGGAGGGGACAGGCGGGUACAGUCACCCGUGACGUGGACCACCGCCUCAUUAUCUGGACAAAACAGCCAUUGCAUGGAUUAAAGAAUCUUAAAACUAGGGGGGAAACAGUAUCCAAUUUGGGGACGGCAAAGGCUUUCUAGACUCCAAAGUGAUGGGAAGAGCCAUGGAGGGAAAGCAUGUAGAUUUGAUUUCCUCAAAAUGUUACAAUGUUACCAGUUUAAAACCACACAUAAGAUUAAAAGGGGAAAGAAUUGCGGCCUCACAGCUGGUGACGAUGUACCUUGAAAACUUGUCCGCGCCCGUCGGACGACCAAACAAAAGGGUGUCACUCAGCCCAAGCCCUGGCGCCGGGCGGGGCGCCCACGGAGCAACCUUAAAACUGGCAAACCCACAAACUCCGCUUCUGGGAACCUGUCCUCAAGACCAAAUCCUAAACUGGGGGGACGCGUACAGCGCAGGCCGUCCCGGCAUCGAUGCGAAUGGCUCCGUCCGACUCGGGCUCCUGUGCGGCCGCUGGAGGCCGGCGCCCCGGGGCAGAGGGGCCAGGGCUGGUCCCAGGCCUUCCGGCGUACGGGGGGGGGGGGAGACGGGGGAGCGGGAAGCGAUCCACUGCGCACGGUCCUUGCCUUCUAACCUGGCUGGGUUGGGUCCCAGCGGUGCCUGCAGGCCACACCGUUUUGUAUCUUUUGAAUUUCAAGCCAUGUAAAUGUAUUGUUUAUUUCAAAAUAAAUAAAAUUCACAUUUUAUAAAGUGCUAA